AUGGAGCGCCGCGCGCAGGGGUUGGUUGCCAUGCUCGCCGUCCUGCUGACGUUCGGCACCGUCGCCGCCACCGCUUUUGUGCAAAGCAGGCCGGGAGCAUCUUCCGAGCCAAGUGUGCACUCGAAGAGUCUGGGCGACGCUCCACAGCCGCUGCCAGAAGAGACGCCGUUUCACUGGUUGUCGUCGGCAUCUUCACACGCCUUGACGGCCGGAGCCGUCCUGGGCCUUGUCCUGGCUUUGGCGCAGGCACCGGCGGUCCGAGCCGAAGACAGGUACGCUGACGUGGAGUCUCAGGUGGUGCUUGCUGCGAGCCCAGCCAGGGAGAAGGCCAAGAAGGAGCUGCUCGCAGAUGCGAAGAAGGUGGACGAGUUCACCAAGACGAAGGUGCGCACCACCAAGGAUGCUCUCCUCAAGUACACAGAGGGCUCCGCGACGGAUGCCCUGGGCACUGAGUUCAACGAUGUGCGGCCGACCCGGUCGAAGGUGCGCAAGAGCCUGCAGAAGGAGUCCGGUGGCUUCAAGCUCGCGGGCCUGCCGGAUCUGCCUUCCUUCGGGCUCCCCUCCCUGCCUAGUGCUCCGGGCGUCGCUGCGCCGGAGCUCAGCGGCGACGCGGGUGUCGGCAUCGCCUCAGGAGCGGCGGUGGCACUGGCUCUGCCAGCCCUGGGAGUGGCCGGAGUGGUGAACAGUCGGAUUUCCGAGAAGCAGCGUGAAGAUGCCGAGAGGAGGGCUCGGGAGGCAAACUCCCUCCCCGUUGGCCCUAUCCUGACGGUGGCGGGCGUCGGGGCGGCUGCACUGGUCGCGGGGUCCGUGAUCUCCUCGAUCGGAGACUCCUUCGGCAGCGAGCAGGUGGUCGAGGAGGUGGUGACAACAGCCGCCCCCAGCAAGGCCGCAGAUGACAAGGCAGCGGCGGACAAGGCCGCAGCGGAGAAGAAAGCAGCGGCAGACAAGGCAGCAGCUGACAAGGCGGCGGCUGACAAGGCGGCGGCAGACAAGGCCGCGGCUGAAAAGGCCGCAGCUGACAAGGCCGCAGCGGACAAGGCCUCAGCAGACAAGGCAGCAGCCGACAAGGCCACGGCUGACAAGGCCGCAGCAGACAAGGCCGCAGCUGACAAGGCAGCGGCAGACAAGGCCGCAGCGGAGAAGAAAGCGGCAGCUGACAAGGCAGCGGCAGACAAGGCCGCGGCUGACAAGGCAGCAGCUGACAAGGCGGCAGCAGAGGCGAAGGCAAAGGCGGAUCAGGCAGCGGCCGAGAAGGCUGCAGCACAGAAGGCAGCCACCAAGGCGCCGGAACCUGCCGCUGCCCCUGAAACGGAGGUUGCUGAAUCCAAGAAAGUCUCGCGGAAGGGUUACUUCAAUUACAUGAGAGACAAGAAAUGA